AUGGGUAUGCAAAAAUUAGGCUCGAAACUCCAUCUGGGAGAGGCCAAGCUCGGAAGACGGGGCUUCCACCAUUAUGUAGUCAAGCCUGACAGGGGCGGCUCUCUUUUUUGUGUUCCCCAUUUUUGUACACGGCAUUUUUCUGCCAAAAAAGGCAACCCACAGAGGGAAUUGAACGGCGCUCCCUUCUGCGAAAGGAAACAAAGCAACAGCUUCUUCAGCAAAGCGAAGAACAACUGUUCCGUUGAUGGCAAAGGAAGAAAUGAAAUAUUUUUUGAAAAAAUGGAAAAAGAAAAUAGCAAGACAUUCCAUUUGACGAAGCAAAGUGUGUCCAGUGAGAAAGCAGCCGCACAGGAUUGUGCAAAAGGGGGACAAGUGGACGAAGCGGAAAACGCGGGGAACGCCAAAGAAGAGGCACUCCUCAAGGAUCGAGAUCAGGACAAAAUGGCUAGUCCAAAGGGGAAAAACCAAAAUAGUGACCCCCUGCCCCCAGUCAUAGAUCUAGAAGUGUCCGAAGUGUGGUCCAAAAAAACGCUCAUUCUAAAUUUCAAAGAUAGCAUAUUCGAAAUAAUUUUAAACAGGCCAGAAAAGCUAAACGCAAUUAACAAAGACAUGAUUAAUGGAUUGUUAAACAUUGUGAAAAGCUUAAACAACGAUAAUAGGUGUCGCAUUAUUGUAAUUAAAAGCAGCAACACGACGUGCUUCUGCUCAGGUUCUGAUGUCAAGGACAUUGUCCAAAAUAAAGAAAAAGGGAUGCAGCAUUUGAAGCAACUCUACAUGUAUAUUCACUAUUUAUCCAAAAUGAAAAAACCCGUCUUGUGCAUAUGGAAUGGUUAUGCUAUGGGAGGAGGGUUAGGGAUUUCUAUGUAUGCAAAAUUUAGGAUAAUAAAUAAGAAGGCCAUAUUUGCCAUGCCGGAAAAUAAAAUUGGCUUUUUCCCCGAUGUCAGCUGCUGCUACUUUUUUAACAAAUAUUUUGGAAGGAACAUUGGUCUUCAUCUGGGGUUGACUUCCCUGCGAUUAAACGAAGUCGAUUUAGUCAACUUUAAAAUUUGCACCAACUAUGUCGAAAACGUGGAUGGACUGCUGAACGAGAUUUACAGCAUUGUGAAGGCAAACCAGAAUGAGUUCGAUGUGGGACUCGCCACCGUUUUAGAUAAGUACCCGCCCAAAGUCAGUACAGACAUCAAACCGGUACUUACACACAAGUUGAUUAACAACAUUGACAAGUACUACAGUUCGGCUACUAGUCUAGACCAUCUUAUUAGCAGGUUGAAGAAGGACCAAGAUAAUCCGUUUUGCCAGGAGACCCUUGAGGCCAUAAACCAGAACUGCUACUCCAGUUGUAACUUCUGGUUUGAAUAUUUCCUUUACAAUUACGAUAAACCCUUGGAGGAAGUGCUAGACAAUGAUUUUAAAAUUACGCAGCAUUUCUUGUAUCACACCGAUACGUUCGAGAAGGGCGUAACUGAGCUGCUUGUGAAGAAAAAUAAAUCUUUCAAGUGGAGCUCCGCGCGGGAAUAUGGCGAUGUGCAGGUGGGGCCAAGCGUUGAAGACAUUCUAACAAACAGCGGGGUGUUGUCGAUCCGAGGGGAAUUCACAAGAGUGUCCUGA